AUGAUUCCUCUUCCCAACAAGACCACUCCCCCUACCACGAAGUCGGAGCAGGUGACCAUCCCUCUGCUCUACUACGUCCAGCGCAUUCAGCGCCUGAUGUACGAGAUCCCCUCCGACGAGGAUGCCCUCAAACUUCUGGAGGACAACUUCAGUCCCGAGACGACCUUUGAAUGGAACUACGAGAAACUCCACUUCGACGACUUCAAGAACUUCGUCCAGAACUGGCGCACCCGCUACACCUUCCUCGAGUUCAAGUUCUUCGACCCCGUCGCCACCCCGGACCCCAGCGACCCGGAGGGCCGCGGCGGAACUCUCGGGUUCGGCAUGCGGGGCCGCGUGAUCGGGAAGGAUGAUGGCAAGAUCUAUGAGGGGAAGGUUCAUGGGAUCUUCAAGGUGGAGUGGGUGCAGGGGCAGGAUGGGGGCGAGGAUCGCCGUGUGAUUACUCGCAGUACUCAGGUGUUGCAGGGGCCGUAUGUUAUUGAGGAGGAGAGAUGA